CGGAGCCACCAUGGCCGCGGCGGCCGCCCGCAGCCUCCUUGUCCUUCUACAGGCGCUCGGUCUCGCCCUGGCGCAGAUCAGAGGUCCGCCGGGAGAGCCAGGGCCCCCGGGUCCUCCGGGCCCGCCGGGAGUGCCGGGAUCCGACGGCAUAGACGGUGACAAGGGACCCCCUGGAAAGCCUGGCCCUCCGGGAGCUAAGGGGGAGCCUGGCCGGCCUGGGCCCGAUGGGCCCGAUGGCAAGCCUGGGAUCGCCGGUUUAACUGGAGCCAAGGGAGAGCCUGGCCCCCUGGGAAUCCCUGGAGUCAAGGGCCAGCCCGGGCUCCCAGGUCCCCCAGGCCUGCCCGGCCCUGGUUUCGCUGGACCUCCUGGACCACCUGGACCUGUUGGCCUCCCUGGUGAGAUUGGAAUCCCAGGCCCCAAGGGUGACCCCGGACCAGAAGGACCAUCAGGACCUCCAGGGCCCCCUGGGAAGCCGGGCCGCUCGGGAACCAUCCAGGGGCUGGAGGGCAGCGCGGAUUUCCUGUGUCCAGCCAACUGUCCGGCAGGUGUGAAAGGCCCCCAGGGGCUGCAGGGCGUGAAGGGACACCCUGGAAAGCGCGGGAUUCUGGGCGAUCCUGGCCGGCAGGGGGAGCCUGGCCCCAAAGGAGAUGUGGGUGCAUCUGGAGAGCAAGGGAUCCCUGGACCACCGGGUCCCCAGGGCAUCAGGGGCUACCCAGGCAUGGAAGGAUCCAAGGGAGAGACGGGCCCCCAGGGGUACAAAGGCAUGGUGGGCUCCGUUGGAUCUGCUGGGUCCCCGGGUGAAGAGGGGCCACGAGGACCCCCGGGCCGAGCUGGGGACAAGGGCGAUGUGGGCAGUCAAGGUGUUCGAGGACCCCAGGGCCUAAUAGGCCCGAAAGGAGCUGCUGGUCCCCCAGGCAUCGAUGGCAAGGAUGGGACCCCAGGCACACCGGGCAUGAAGGGCAGCGCAGGACAGGUGGGGCGGCCAGGAAACCCGGGCCACCAAGGUCUAGCGGGUAUGCCAGGCCAGCCUGGGACAAAAGGGGGCCCUGGAGACAAGGGUGAGCCAGGCCAGCAAGGCCUCCCUGGAUUCUCUGGUCCCCCUGGCAAAGAGGGAGAACCAGGGCCUCGAGGAGAAAUUGGUCCCCGAGGCAUCAUAGGACAGAAGGGCGAUCAGGGCGAGAGGGGGCCAGUAGGGCAGCCCGGCCUGCAAGGGCGGCAGGGCCCCAAAGGAGAGCAGGGAUCCCCUGGAAUCCCAGGGCCCCAAGGCUUGCCAGGCAUCAAGGGAGACAAGGGUUCCCCGGGCAAGACGGGCCCUCGUGGCGGCGUGGGCGACCCGGGCGUGGCCGGCCUCCCUGGAGAGAAAGGCGAGAAGGGAGAGUCUGGCGAGCCAGGGCCCAAGGGACAGCAAGGAAUCCGCGGAGAACCUGGCUACCCUGGACCCAGCGGGGAUGCUGGCGCCCCAGGCGGACAGGGCUACCCUGGACUCCCAGGGCCUCGAGGAAUGGCUGGCGACAGAGGCGUGCCGGGGCUACCUGGGAGACAGGGUGUGGCGGGCCGAGAUGCCAGUGACCAGCAUAUCGUGGACGUGGUGCUGAAGAUGCUUCAAGAGCAACUGGCAGAGGUGGCUGUGAGUGCCAAGCGGGAAGCCCUGGGUGCAGCUGGAAUGAUGGGCCCUCCAGGGCCCCCGGGCCCCCCUGGGUACCCAGGCAAACAAGGACCCCAUGGGCACCCUGGCUCUCGGGGGAUUCCUGGCAUCGUGGGAGCUGUGGGUCAGAUCGGCAAUACAGGGCCCAAGGGAAAACGUGGAGAGAAAGGUGAUCAAGGAGACAUGGGGCGUGGGCACUCCGGGAUGCCUGGACCUCCGGGGAUCCCAGGUCUCCCUGGCCGGCCUGGCCAGUCAAUCAACGGCAAGGACGGGGACCGAGGCUCCCCAGGGGCUCCAGGAGAGAUGGGCCGCCCUGGCCUGCCAGGUCCCGUGGGGCUGCCUGGCUUCUGUGAGCCUGCAGCCUGUCUUGGAGCCUCAGCCUAUGCUUCGGCCCGCCUGACGGAACCGGGAUCCAUCAAGGGGCCGUGAGCAUCCGGCCAGGGCAGAGACCAGCAUCCAGGAGGAAAGAACUAGAUCCCCUUUGGGUGGGCAGGCACUCCAACCUCCAGCCCGGGAAACUAAUUUUCCUAUAGAACUUCUGUCGUGGAGCGGCGUCUUGAGGAAAAGGACAUUCUAAAACACAGGGGAAGGGAAGGGCCAGCAUCAGGGUGAAAGGCCACCCGUCAGGGCGGUGCCGCUGGAGUUGAAGCUCCGAAGCAUGGGGGGCUUGCCUUCUCAGACCACCACUUGGAUGUGGCCAAAUCGCUCCUGACUCGGCCUCCUCCCACGGACCAUCUUGUCCUUGGGGCAGAUGGACUGAGGUCUCCACCAUCACUAGCCCCUGGACUUCCUGGGGGGCUGCUGAUGGGAGGCUACCCUAAGGUGGCCAUUUCAAGCCAGCUCCACUACUUCUUCCCUACCUCCUGAGUAUUUAAACACCCCUCUAUCUCCCUAUCUCCGUGCACGACCCUCCUCCCCAGGUCCACUCAAGCAGUCUCUAAAUAAAAGCCCCAACUUGGGUACAAACCAA